AUGUCUUCUUCCACUAAUAACAUGCCCUCCGCCAAAAAAAUAUUAUCCACGGCAGCCUCUGUGGCAGCUUCGGCCAUGCUCGUCCGGACUGUAGUUCAGGACUUCUUACCUCAUGAGGUCCAAGAUUUUUUCUUCUCUGGCUUUCGGAGACUCCUCAACCAUUUCUCUUCCCAACUCACUAUUAUCAUCGAGGAAUUUGAUGAGCUCACAAUCAAUCAAGUCUACGAAGCUGUAGAGAUCUACUUGAGCAACAAGAUCUCCCCCAACACCCAGACAUUGAGAAUUAGCAAAUCCGACAAGGAGAAGAACCUCAAGGUUUCCAUGGGAAGAAACCAAGAGAUAAUUGAUACCUUCGAUGGUAUUCGAUUCAAAUGGAGAUUGGUUUGUACCCAAAUCGAAUCCAAGGGUUACCACCACAACCCACGGGACCUCAAUUCCACCUUCCGAUCCGAAAUCCGGUCAUUCGAGCUCUGUUUUCAUAAGAAAUACAAAGAGAAGGUGUUGCAAUCUUACUUGAAUUACAUAUUAGAGCAAUCCAAAUCCAUGAAAGAAGAGAAUAAGACAGUGAAGCUUUUCACUGUGAACAUGGGCGGUGUAUAUGGGCGCAACUUGGGAGAUGCAUGGAGUUCCAUAAACUUGGAUCACCCUGCAACUUUUGAUACAUUGGCGAUGGAUUUGGAGCUCAAGCAGAUGUUAAUGGAAGAUCUGGAGAUGUUUGUUCAGAGAAAAGAUUUCUACAGGAGAGUUGGAAAGGCUUGGAAACGUGGGUACCUUUUGUAUGGUCCUCCUGGCACCGGUAAGUCAAGCUUGAUUGCUGCCAUGGCCAAUUACCUCAACUUUGAUAUCUAUGACUUGGAGCUCACUGGCCUUAAUAGCAACUCAGAUUUGAGGAGAUUGUUGAUAGCAACUGCAAAUCGAUCCAUACUAAUUGUGGAAGAUAUUGAUUGCACAUUGGACUUUCAAGAUCGGCUAGCUGAGGCUAGAGCUGCACAACCUUUAAAUUUUGAUCCGCCCAAUCAGGUAACCCUAUCAGGGCUUCUAAAUUUUACAGAUGGCCUAUGGUCAAGUUGCGGGGAUGAGCGGAUCAUCGUAUUCACAACCAACCACAAGGAACGAUUAGACCAUGCAUUGCUUCGCCCCGGUCGCAUGGACAUGCACGUUCACAUGUCUUUCUGCACACCUAGUGGUUUCACGAUCCUUGCCUCUAAUUAUCUCCAGAUCAACGAUCAUCCACUCUUCAGGGAGAUUGAAGAGCUAAUAGAGAAAGUUGAGGUCACUCCUGCAAUGGUCGCUGAGGAGCUCAUGAAGAAGGGGAAUCCUGAUGUUACACUUAAAGGCCUCCUAGAAUUCUUGGAGUCCAAGAAGAAGGAAAGUGAGGAAGCAAAGAUCACUGCUGAAACCAAAAAAGAACCCUCCGACCAACAAGAAAGGGAAGAUUAAUCAA